AGUGGAAGACGUCUGCGAUAUUCCUUCAAAGCAAUGUUCGAUAGUCGCACUUUUGAGUGUUAAUGCUAAGCGGAACCGGAAACGCACGCGGACCGGUUUCACUGACGAACAGCAGAAGGCGUGACGUAUUUGUGGAGGUCAAGUCAAACAGACAGGCAGCAUGGUAAAGAAAAAGCGUCUGAGGCUUAUAGCCGAGAUGGCACGGAAGAUCCGGGCCUACCGGGAGCUGAAGAAUCGACCCCAGGACUCUCAGCGAUAUGCGCUGGACUACGACACCAUGACACGACCCUUCACUGGGAAAAAGCUGCCAGUGUUGGCUUGGAAAGAUGUGCGGCAAGAAACACGCCUCUUUACGUUACUGGCUGGCAUGCGCAUGUUUGGUGUGGGCAGAAUCUUUACACGCAAGUCAUGGCUGGACGAGCAUACAGACCCAUGCUACUGGAAAAUAACAAAAGUCAAGGUGGAUUACACAGCAGAGAACAUGGAUCAUGGGAAAGCAUGGGGCGUUCUAACAUUUAAAGGUAAAGAGGAGCCUGCAGAGCGUGAAGUGGAUAAGGUGAUGUACCAUGACUGGCGACUGGUGCCCAAACAUGAAGAAGAGGUCUUCAAACGCUGUGAACCCGUCCCUGAGCCUCCUGUGCGUUACGUGAGAUACCCGCCUCUCCUGCGUGCGAUGAUCCUGGCCCAGCAAGCCAAGCAGCUGGGUGUGGAUGCCAGCACUAUCCCAGAGCCCACUCUCCCAUUGAAACGGGAUGCCCUGCUCUGGAGUCAGGGUGAGAAGAAGAAACAGGAGGGUACACCUGUCUGAUGCCCCGGCCCACUUCAGAGGGGUUAAGGUCAUCGUGAGGAGAUCUGAGUUCUGGUGCAGUGGUCUUCUUGAUAGGAACUGCUUCUUUUGUUCCUAAUUUUAUAGACACUGCUGGCUGAUUAAAGACUAGUUUGUGUUUUUAUGCUGUAUUUUGGUAAAACAAAAUAUAGCCUUACAUUUACAUCUGUCUUCCUGGGAUCAUGUGGCUAAUGAUGGGGUGGGGGGGGGGGGUCUGUUUGGGCAUGUGACCAAACUCAAAAGGAUAAUCCUCUGUGGAAAGACUUUUUUUUUUUUUUUUUUUUGUCUUCAAGUUAAUAUCUGUGUGAUAUUCUUUACAGUAUGUGAGCUAAAUAUGAAGUUGUAUGCAUUAUUUUCAGAUAAAGAAUAAAAAUGGGUCAAGUGAAUUUGGUCUAAAUUUGAAAAUGAGUUGUCUUACAAUUAUGCCUAAUGUCAAAUUUUAUUUCUAAAAAUAAUCUGAAUUAAGUGAAAAUCAAAAUUGAGAAUAAUUGGGCAAAAACUAUGUUUUUAACCUUUACCAUGCAUACUUAAACCAGCCUUUGUAAAUUAUUAAACUUAAUGUAAAAAAAUGUGUCCCGCAUUUUUCAUGUCACUACCGAAACAGUGUAUGUUUCAGUGUAGGAAAUACCCCCCCCCCCCCCCCCAUAGCUAUAAGGGGCGAGUAGAUAGCUCACAUCAUUUUGAGUUAAAUGUGUUCAAAAGUCUGAAAAGUCUGUGUGUAACUUUAAGGAACGUCACUACCGAACACCUUUUUUCUGCAAUUAAGCACACUUUUUGGAGUUAUUCCAUAACAUUUAGUUUUUAAUAUGUAUACCACUGUUCAGAACUGUACUAGCAAGUCAUGUGCUGAUUAGCAUCUUUGAGCUAGCUUCAAAAGUAUCUAAAAUUGUCACUACCGAAACAUGCCAUUGUGUCGGUAGUGACAAAAGGAAAUACAUAAUCCUCAUAUUUGGGGGGAAAUAGACAAAAUUUUAGUAGAGUUAUGCAAUUUCUUUUGUAUUUUAGUAUUUUUAUUAGUCUUUGUAUAUGAGGUAAAAUUCUGUCCUGUGAUGCGGUCACUACUAAAACAUUACUGUCAUUACCGAAAUGUGCUGUCGCCAUCAAAAAUAAAGUAUACUGAAUUAUCAA